AGUUAUUGAGCUGUAUCAUGAAUAUAAAGCUCGUUAUCCUCUUCUGGAUAACCACCGUGUGUGCGGUUAACCUUCCAGGAAUUGCCUUCCAAUCAGACCUCUCGCGUGGCCAGAAUGUCCACUGUGGGAGUGUCAAACAUGAUGCUAACGGGAGGUACACCCCUCAAGUGAAAGCUACCCUCAAGAAAACCUCCGCGGAGAAUGGGCAAGUACCAGUGUUUAUCUUGCAUUAUGUCGACAUUCUUAAAUUGGACCGUUUACCCGCCGCAUUCAGUUUUUACAAUGACGGACUGGGAUAUGACGGGACGGUUGAUUUCAAACAGAACAAGUUCAAUGUCAAGGAGAAAAGUGGAGAAACGGUCAAUUACCUCAAUUCUGGAUUUACCGAGGCUGGCCAAACUCUUUCAUUGGACGUCAAAGAAACUGGGUACUACUGUGUAUAUGUGGCUCCACAAGCGGAAAACCUGGAAUAUAAAGUUGACGUGGAAUUUGUUAGUUCCCAUGGAACUGUUUCAUUCCAGGGGGCAAUCAAGCAUUCUCAAGUAGGUACUUAUCUCUUGAUUGGAAUCCCCUUGGCAAUCUUUUUAGUUUAUUACACGUCGUCUAGAUUCAAGUCAUCUUCUCUGGGACUGGUUUCUCUGGGGGUUUCCAUGACCACAAAGGCCACCAUCUAUGGAGUGCUUGCUCCACUGUUGAUGAUUGCCUUGGUCCGAUACCUCACUUUUUUCACAGUUUCCAAAUCGUCAUUCACCGGGAAUUGGCAUGAACAACUCUUUAAAUGGCUUGAACAAUGCUUUAUCAUCACCAUGCACUACUUCACCUUAUUGUUUGCCAUGGGGUACACGGUCAUAUACUCGCGUGUCAACAAUAGAAAGACCAGAGGAUACUCAACCUCUUCCACAUAUUACCGUAAGAUCCCUUCAAGACUCUGGAAUAGAGCUCUCUUAUUGUACGUGGCCAACAUCGUGGUGUACUCGGCAAUCACCUUGUUCAAGCUGGUGGAAAAUAUUAUCAUGGAAAGCAUUUUCACGUUACAUAAUCAAACCCAAAGUGGAUAUGAGCUCGUAGAUGCUCUUCGUACCGGUAAGAAUUUCCUUACUUUUGUCAAUGGAUGUUUCCCAUUACUUUGGUUUCUUCAAACUACAUUUUCCUACUUUGCUACAAAGCGUACCAUCAACAAGUUCCCCAAGUUUUCCACUCUGCCACUGCUGUCACUGGGUGCCACCAGUGGAAUUUCUGGCUCGUUCAGAUGGUCUAGUAUUGUGAUUCUUGUACUUCCGUUGAUUUAUGGUAUUUUCUCCACUGCUGCGAUGUUUGUUCAAGCUUACAAAAUGAGUAAAUUGGACGGGGCGAGCGCCCAACCACCUGCUUCAGAGGAUGAUUGGGUCAAAUUUCAAGUUAUGUCUAUUGUACAAUCAGAAAAGGUUUAUUUUGAUUCGACUCCACUACUUGUUUCGUCAUGGAUGACUGAUUUGUACAUAUUGUUGACGGUUAUUGGAAUUUUCUUUAUCUGGAUGAGAAAGAACGUUGGUGUUGUUCAAGUAGAAGAAGAGGAGAUUUUAAUGGAAGAUCAAGAAUGAUUACACGUUUAUAGAAUAUAUGAAUUUGAGAGUCCAAUCUUGA